AUGUUUGUCACCUGCGGUGACAGAGGUGCUGAAGCUUUCACGAUUUAUUGCGGGGCGCCCAGCCCAGCCACGCGCCAAUGCAUCCUCACCCCUGCGCUUAGCAAGAUCCGGCCCUCCUUCUCCUCUCCCCCUUUCGGUUUUGUUUUCGUGGAGGGUGAUGGCAACAUGCGGUGCUGCCCAAAGCGCCAAACGGUGACCAACUGCGGCAACCAAGGACGGUCACACCCCAGUGUGACCAUCCAGGGCCACGCCGGGACCACCGUGGGCUACACUGAAGCCAACCGUGACCAGCCCGGGGCCACCCCACCACCGACGGGCGCCACGAUUUUCCGACGAGCCGACAAGAACGAUGAUGGGAAGCUGUCUUUUGAGGAGUUCAAGAACUAUUUCGCUGAUGGGAUCCUGAGCUCGGAGGAGCUGUGGGAGUUGUUCAGUGGCAUUGACAGGCGUCAUUCAGAUAAUGUGGACACGGAGAAAUUGUGCGAUUAUUUCUCAACAUAUCUUGGAGAAUACAGGAACGUGCUUUCUGCCCUGGAGGCUCUCAACUCUGCAGUCCUGGCAGCCAUGGACAAAACCAAGCUGAGGUACGAGACCUCCUCGAAGAUGGAGCAGUUCCUGACCCGUUUCCUGCUGCGGGAAACCAUGCACCAGCUGCAGUCCCUGCAGGCCUCGCUCGAAUGUGCUGUUGACACCAUGGAGGAACAGGCAGGACGGGAGAGAAAGGACAUAAAGAAAUCUGAGACCUCGGUUGGCCUGAAGUCGGGGAGACGAUGUGGGCGCAGAGGACAGAAAAAUGUCUGUCUGUCUCCAACGGACCCCUAUUCCGGGAUGCUAACGACAGGCGUUUGUGUUGAAGACAACAGCCAGUGGAUGGCACAGAUCAAUAGGCUCCAGCAGCUCAUCGAGAAGCUGGAGUGCAAGAGCCCACGCCUGGAGCCGCUGAAGGAGGAAGCGAUGUGCAAAGGAAGAGAUGCACACAUCCUAGUGGCGAAGAGGCAGAUCUCGGUGGCGACAAGCGGCAUUGAGGAGUUUCGCCAGGCGUUCAGGUCCUACACGGAGGUCACCGCUGGGCAGAGCAGCUGCCUGCACGUGUCCGCCUGCAAGCUGACGGACGAGGCCUGCUUCAUCCUUUACGAGUUCUGGCAGGACGUGACUUCGUGGAGAAGCCACUUGCAGUCCAGCUGCAGCAAGACUUUCCAGCGGUCCAUCAUCAGCUUGCUGGAGUCCCCGGAGCUGCUGACCACCAUGCUCUUCCCAGCCUCCUGGUGGAUCAUGAACAACAACUGA